AUGGAAAUUACGCGUGUACUGCAUCCUUGGGUGUAUUAUGAUGACGACGAGGACGCCAUGAUAUGCACUAAAUGUGCAAAGUUUUAUGGCGCGGGAACAUUGCAAAACUCAUUUAUAUCUGGGUGCAAAAACUUUAAAACGAGUGCCCUCAAGGACCACGAAGUCAGCAAGUCACAUAUUUCAGCGCUUGCUACACUGUCAAACAGAGAGCCUGCGAGUUCCGCGGCAGUCGCAGGAAGUACGGCAGGCAAGGCUCUCCUAGCCCUGAAGUCGGCAGAACGAAGUCGUUUAGAAAGCAUGGUCCGGAACGCCCAUUAUAUUGCUAAAAUGAAUCGUCCGCUGACGGAUUUUACUUCACUUGUCGUCUUGGAUAGAGCCAAAGGCCUGGACACUGCAAACACAUACAAGAACAACAGGGCCGCUCUCGGGUUCAUCGAGGCCAUUGCUGCUCAGGAGAAAAGCAGAAUUGUCCAGAGUGUGAAAGAGGCUCCUUUUUUCAGUUUCAUUAUGGAUGGCAGUAGUGAUUUGACAGGAGAUGAACAAGAGACAAUAUAUAUAAGGUUUACCAAAAAUGGAGUUCCCAGUAUGAAGUUUCUGUCCAUAGAUUCACCAAAGAGCACAUGCGCUGCAGAUCUGUAUGACCAUGUAAAUCAUGUUUUCAUAAAUAGUCAGAUUGACAGUGAAAUAUUCAAAGGUAAAAUGGUAGGAAUGGGAUGUGACGGGGCCAGUAACAUGUUAGGCAGUAAGUCUGGUUUGGCAUCUCGUCUUCAGAGUGAUAACCCAGAGCUUGUGACAGUGCACUGCCUGUGCCACAGGUUGGAGUUGGCCAUGAAGGAUGUGACAAAAGUUCAUUGUAAAAAGCUCUACGAUAGAGUGAUGACAGUGAUGAUAGGACUUCAUUACUUCUACAAGAAAUCCCACAAGAACAAGAAGGGCCUGCAGAGAGCAUGGGAUACUUUGAAGAUCCAGGUGAUCCUGUCAGCCCAAGGGUGGCAGACUGAGGUGAUCCUGUCAGCCCAAGGGUGGCAGACUGAGGUGAUCCUGUCAGCCCAAGGGUGGCAGACUGAGGUGCAGCAGGCACAAAUCAAGAGCGCCAUUGAUAUCAAGUACACGUCUAGCGAUUAA